AUUGCCUCCUCCCCCUCUCUCCUCCUCCCUGUGUCUGUGUCUGGGUUGGUGGCUGCUCUCUCCAUCUCUCUGAUCAUACUACUGGUCCUGUUCUGCAAGAGGAACAAAGAUGAUGUAGCAGCUGAACCCAGAGAUGUUACGUAUGCUGACGUUAGAAUCACACAGGACCCAGAACCCAGGAGAAGGAGAGGUACACUCUCUCACACACACACACACACACAUAACACACACACACACACACACACACACACACACAUACACACACACACACACACACACACACACACACCACACACCACACACACACACACACACACACCACACACACACACACACACACACACACACACACACACACACACCACACACAUACACACACACAGUACAAUGUGUUUCUGUUUUUAACCCAUUGUCUCGUCUCCUCCAGAGAAGUCUCCAGGAGAUGAUCCAGUCUACUCUGCAGUGAAGACCUCCAACACCACAGGUACUAUAAUACUGUAUAAUACUAUAAGAUACAGCUCAUGUAUUAUGAGUAUUCAACACCACAGGUACUAUAAUACUGGUCCAGUCUGUGUUAAUAUCCUCUCUAUCCUGUGUUUAGUUCCAGGUGGAUCCAGUCCAGUCUGUGUUAAUAUCCUCUCUCUCUAUCCUGUGUUUAGUUGCAGAUGGAUCCAGUCAGUCUGUGUUAUAUCCUCCUCGCUCCCUGUGUUUAGUUGCAGAUGGUCCAGUCCCAGUCUGUGUUAAUAUCCUCUCUCUCCCCUGUGUUUAGUUCCAGGUGGAUCUGGUCCAGUCUGUGUGAAUAUCCUCUCUCUCCUGUGUUUAGUUUCCAGGUGGAUCCAGUUCCAGUCUGUGUUAUAUCCUCUCUCUCUCCUGUGUUUAGUUCCAGGUGGAUUCCCAGUCAGUCUGUGUUAAUAUCCUCUCUCGUCUCUGUUGUUUAGGUUCCAGGUGGUCCAGUCCGUCUUUGUUAAAUAUCCUCUCUCUCUCCUUUUUUAGUUUCCAGUGAUCAGUCUUGUGUUUUAUAUCCUCUCUCUCUCCUGUGUUUUAGUUCCAGGUGGAUCCCAGUCUGUGUUAAUAUCGUCUCUCUCUCCUGUGUUUAGUUCUCAGGUGAUUCCAUCCAGUCCUGUUUAAUAAUCCCUCUCUCUCCUGUGUUUAGUUCCAGGUGGAUCCAGUCCACUGUGUUAAUAUCCUCUCUCUGCUUUGUUUAGUUCCGGUGGAUCCAGUCCAGUCUGUGUUAAUAUCCUCUCUCUCUCUCCUGUGUUUAGUUCCAGUGGAUCCGUCCAGUCUGUGUUAAUGUCCUCUCUCUGCUUGUGUUUAGUUCCAGGUGGAUCCAGUCCAUCUGUGUUAAUAUCCCUCUCUCUCCCUGUGUUUAGUCCCAGGUGGAUCCAGUCCAGUUCUGUGUUAAUAUCCUCUCUCUCUUCUGUGGUUUAGUUCCAGUGGAUCAGUCCAGUCUGUGUUAAUAUCCUCUCUCUCUCCUGUGUUUAGUUCCAGUGGAUCAGUCGCAGUCUGUGUAAUUCCUCUCUCUCUCCUUUGUUUAAGUUCAGGUGGAUCCAGUCCAGUCGUGUAAUAUCCUCUCCUCUCUCCUGUGUUUAGUUCCAGGUGGAUCCGUCCAGACUGUGUUAAUAUCCUCUCUUCUCUCCUGUGUUUAGUUCCAGGUGGAUCUUGGUUCCCAGUCUGUGUUAAUAUCCUCUCUCUCUUCUGUGUUUAGUUCCAGGUGGAUCUGGUCCAGUCUGUGUUAAUAUCCUCUCUCUCUCCUGUGUUUAGUUCCAGGUGGAUCCAGUCCAGUCUGUGUUAAUAUCCUCUCUCUCUCCUGUGUUUAGUUCCAGGUGGAUCUGGUCCAGUCUGUGUUAAUAUCCUCUCUCUCUCCUGUGUUUAGUUCCAGGUGGAUCUGGUCCAGUCUGUGUUAAUAUCCUCUCUCUCCUUUGUUUAGUUCCAGGUGGAUCCAGUCCAGUCUGUGUUAAUAUCCUCUCUCUCUCUCCUGUGUUUAGUUCCAGGUGGAUCCAGUCCAGUCUGUGUUAAUAUCCUCUCUCUCUCCUGUGUUUAGUUCCAGGUGGAUCCAGUCCAGUCUGUGUUAAUAUCAUCUCUCUCUCUCCUGUGUUUAGUUCCAGGUGGAUCCAGUCCAGUCUGUGUUAAUAUCCUCUCUCUCUCCUGUGUUUUAGUUCCAUGUGGAUCCAGUCCAGGUCUGUGUUAAUAUCCUCUCUCUCUCCUGUGUUUAGUUCCAGGUGGAUCUGGUCCAGUCUGUGUUAAUAUCCUCUCUCUCUCCUGUGUUUAGUUCCAGGUGGAUCUGGUCAAGUCUGUAUUAAUAUCCUCUCUCUCUCCUGUGUUUAGUUGCAGAUGGAUCCAGUCCAGUCUGUGUUAAUAUCCUCUCUCUCUCCUGUGUUUAGUUGCAGAUGGAUCCAGUCCAGUCUGUGUUAAUAUCCUCUCUCUCUCCUGUGUUUAGUUCCAGGUGGAUCUGGUCCAGUCUGUGUUAAUAUCCUCUCUCUCCUGUGUUUAGUUCCAGGUGGAUCCAGUCCAGUCUGUGUUAAUAUCCUCUCUCUCUCCUGUGUUUAGUUCCAGGUGGAUCCAGUCCAGUCUGUGUUAAUAUCCUCUCUCUCUCCUGUGUUUUAGUUUCCAGGUGGAUCCAGUCCAGUCUGUGUUAAUAUCCUCUCUCUCUCCUGUGUUUAGUUCCAGGUGGAUCAGUCUGUGUUAAUAUCGUCUCUCGCUCCUUUGUUUAGUUCCAGGUGGAUCCAGUCCGUCUUUGUUUAAUAUCCUCCUCUCUCUCCUGUGUUUAGUUUCCAGUGGAUCCGUCCCAGACUUGUUAUUAGCCUCUCUCUUGCUUGUGUUUAGUUCCAGUGGGACCAGUCCAGUCUGUGGUAAUAUCCUUUCUCUCUCCCUGUGGUUUAGUUUCCAGUUGAUCCAGUCCAGUCUGUGUUAAUGCCUCUCUCUUGCUUGUGUUUUAGUUCCAGGUGGAAUCCAGUCCAGUCUGUGUUAUAUCCUCUCUCUCUCCUGUGUUUAGUUCAGGUGGAUCCAUCCAGUCGGUUAAUAGCCUCUCUCGCUUCUGUGGGUUUAGUUCCAGGUGGAUUCCAGUCCAGUCUGUGUUAAUAUCCGCUCUCUCUUCCUGUGUUUUAGUUCCGUGUAUCCAGUCCAGUCUGUGGUAAAUCCUCUCUCUCUCCUGUGUUUAGUUCUCGGUGGAUCCAGUCCAGUCUGUGUUAAUAUCCUCUCUCUCUCCUGUGUUUAGUUCCAGGUGGAUCCAGUCCAGUCUGUGUUAUAUCCUCUCUCUCUCCUGUGUUUAGUUCCAGGUGGAUCUGGUCCAGUCUGUGUUAAUAUCCUCUCUCUCCUUGUGUUUAGUUCCAGGUGGAUCCAGUCCAGUCUGUGUUAAUAUCCUCUCUCCUCUCCUGUGGUUUAGUUCCAGGUGGAUCCAGUCCAGUCUGUGUUAAUAUCCUCUCUCUCUCCUGUGUUUAGUUCCAGUGGAUCCAGGUCCCAGUCUGUGUUAAUAUCCUCUCUCUCUCUCCUGUGUUUAGUUCCAGGUGGAAUCAGUCCAGUUCUGUGUUAAUAUCCUCUCUCUCUCCUGUGUUUAGUUCCAGGUGGAUCCAGUCCAUCUGUGUUAAUAUCCUCUCUCUCUCCUGUGUUUAGUUCCAGUGGAUCUGGUCCAGUCUGUGUUAAUAUCCUCUCUCUCUCCUGUGUUUAGUUCCAGGUGGAUCCAGUCCAGUCUGUGUUAAUAUCCUCUCUCUCUCUCCUGUGUUUAGUUCCAGGUGGAUCCAGUCCAGUCUGUGUUAAUAUCCUCUCUCUCUCCUGUGUUUAGUUCCAUGUGGAUCCAGUCCAGUCUGUGUUAAUAUCCUCUCUCUCUCCUGUGUUUAGUUCCAGGUGGAUCUGGUCCAGUCUGUGUUAAUAUCCUCUCUCUCUCCUGUGUUUAGUUCCAGGUGGAUCUGGUCAAGUCUGUAUUAAUAUCCUCUCUCUCUCCUGUGUUUAGUUCCAGGUGGAUCUGGUCCAGUCUGUGUUAAUAUCCUCUCUCUCCUGUGUUUAGUUCCAGGUGGAUCUGGUCCAGUCUGUGUUAAUAUCCUCUCUCUCCUGUGUUUAGUUCCAGGUGGAUCUGGUCCAGUCUGUGUUAAUAUCCUCUCUCUCUCCUGUGUUUAGUUCCAGGUGGAUCUGGUCCAGUCUGUGUUAAUAUCCUCUUUCUCUCCUGUGUUUAGUUCCAGGUGGAUCUGGUCCAGUCUGUAUUAAUAUCCUCUCUUUCCUGUGUUUAGUUCCAGGUGGAUCUGGUCCAGUCUGUGUUAAUAUCCUCUCUCUCCUGUGUUUAGUUCCAGGUGGAUCUGGUCAAGUCUGUAUUAAUAUCCUCUCUCUCUCCUGUGUUUAGUUCCAGGUGGAUCUGGUCCAGUCUGUGUUAAUAUCCUCUCUCUCCUGUGAUUAGUUCCAGGUGGAUCUGGUCCAGUCUGUGUUAAUAUCCUCUCUCUCCUGUGUUUAGUUCCAGGUGGAUCUGGUCCAAUCUGUGUUAAUAUCCUCUCUCUCUCCUGUGUUUAGUUCCAGGUGGAUCUGGUCCAGUCUGUGUUAAUAUCCUCUUUCUCUCCUGUGUUUAGUUCCAGGUGGAUCUGGUCCAGUCUGUAUUAAUAUCCUCUCUUUCCUGUGUUUAGUUCCAGGUGGAUCUGGUCCAGUCUGUGUUAAUAUCCUCUCUCUCUGUGUUUAGUUCCAGGUGGAUCUGGUCCAAGUCUGUAUUAAUAUCCUCUUUAUCCUGUGUUUAGUUCCAGGUGGAUCUGGUCCAGUCUGUGUAAAUAUCCUCUCUCUCUCUCCUGUGUUUAGUUCCAGGUGGAUCCAGUCCAGUCUGUGUUAAUAUCCUCUCUCUCCUAUGUUUAGUUCCAGGUGGAUCUGGUCCAGUCUGUAUUAAUAUCCUCUCUCUCUCUCCUGUGUUUAGUUCCAGGUGGAUCCAGUCCAGUCUGUGUUAAUAUCCUCUCUCUCCUGUGUUUAGUUCCAGGUGGAUCUGGUCCAGUCUGUGUUAAUAUAAUCUCUCUCUCCUGUGUUUAGUUCCAGGUGGAUCCAGUCCAGUCUGUGUUAAUAUCCUCUUUCUCUCCUGUGUUAUUUCCAGGUGGAUCUGGUCCAGUCUGUGUUAAUAUCCUCUCUCUCUCCUUUGUUUAGUUCCAGGUGGAUCCAGUCCAGUCUGUGUUAAUAUCCUCUCUCUCCUGUGUUUAGUUCCAGGUGGAUCUGGUCCAGUCUGUGUUAAUAUCCUCUCUCUCCUGUGUUUAGUUCCAGGUGGAUCUGGUCCAGUCUGUGUUAAUAUCCUCUCUCUCUCCUGUGUUUAGUUCCAGGUGGAUCCAGUCCAGUCUGUGUUAAUAUCCUCUCUCUCCUGUGUUUAGUUCCAGGUGGAUCUGGUCCAGUCUGUGUUAAUAUAAUCUCUCUCUUCUGUGUUUAGUUCCAGGUGGAUCCAGUCCAGUCUGUGUUAAUAUCCUCUUUCUCUCCUGUGUUAUUUCCAGGUGGAUCUGGUCCAGUCUGUAUUAAUAUCCUCUCUCUCUCCUGUGUUUAGUUCCAGGUGGAUCUGGUCCAGUCUGUAUUAAUAUCCUCUCUCUCCUGUGUUUAGUUCCAGGUGGAUCUGGUCCAGUCUGUGUUAAUAUCCUCUCUCUCCUGUGUUUAGUUCCAGGUGUAUCCAGUCCAGUCUGUGUUAAUAACCUCUCUCUCUCCUGUGUUUAGUUCCAGGUGUAUCCGGUCCAGGUGAUGUGAUCUAUGCUGACGUCAACCACACAGAGAAAAGACAACACAACAGGAGGAGAGGUAGGAGAAGGGACAGACCAACAAUACUCCCCUCAUCUUUCUGAAGUAAAUAAUAUGUUUUUACAGUGUUUCAACAUGUCACUAGUUGGAACCUGUUUAUGUGUUUCUUUCAGAGAAUGUCGUUCCAGACCCUAUCUACUCAGCAGUGAAGACAGACAGACCGAGAUACAGGUCAGAAGGUCAUUCCAGACACUGUCUACUCAGACAGACAGACAGACAGACAGACAGAGAUACAGGUCAGAAGGUCGUUCCAGAUCCUGUCUACUCAGACAGACAGACAGACAGAGAUACAGGUCAGGAGGUCGUUCCAGAUCCUGUCUACUCAGACAGACAGACAGACAGACAGAGAUACAGGUCAGAAGGUCGUUCCAGACCCUGUCUACUCAGACAGACAGACAGACAGACAGACAGACAGACAGACAGACAGACAGACAGACAGACAGACAGACAGAGACAGACAGACAGACAGACAGACAGAGAUACAGGUCAGAAGGUCAUUCCAGACCCAGUCUACUCAGCAGUGAAGACAGACAGACAGACAGACAGACAGACAGACAGACAGACAGACAGACAGACAGACAGACAGACAGACAGACAGACAGACAGACAGACAGACAGACAGACAGACAGACAGACAGACAGACAGACAGACAGACAGACAGACAGACAGACAGACAGACAGACAGACAGACAGACAGACAGACAGAGAUACAGGUCAAAAGGUUGUUCUAGACCCAGUCUACUCAGACAGACAGACAGACAGACAGACAGAGAUACAUGUCAGACUCUAUAAUGAGGAUGAAAAGUAGUGAUCAUGGCAGCCAUUUUGUUCCAGUGGGCUCAGCACCACCCAUCAGAGAUAAGAGGAUUUUAUUCCUACAUCUGUGCUACUGUGUCCUAUUGUAUCGGUAGUCAUUUAGAGUUAAAGUUGCACUAUGCUCCGCCAUUUCCUGGUUGUUAAAACUCUACUAAUUCACCUAAUUUCAGUUUAUGUGACAAAAUAAGCUAAUAUAGUGUAAAGAAUCAUUGUACCAUCUAAUCCACUGUGAAAUAUAUUUUCUAUAACCAAAAAUAUUGUUGUUUCAGCUGUUUGUAAAAGACACAAAAACUAAUCUUAAGAACGAGAAGCAUAGAAAUAUCAGACAUAGAACAGAUAUACCGCUACUUAGACUGGCUUUAAAGUAGAAUGACAGAUUUAUAACUCACAUUUCUAUGUGAAUUUUGUCAGGUCGCCCAAAAAGUUAUAUAUUGCCACUUUAACAAAUUAAAUAUGUGUGUCCUUUAGGUAGAGGUGUAUCUGGACCCAGGGACGUAAUGUACAGACUGAGGUAGGUCCAUUUCUACUUUACACUGUAUCACCAACCCUAACCCUAACCCUAACCCUAACCCUAGAACCUAACCCUAACCCUAGAAUCUAACCCUAACCCUAACCCUAGAACCUAACCCUAUAGGUAGAGCUGGACCCAGGGACGUAAUGUACAGACUGAGGUAGGCCCAGUUCUACUUUAUACUGUAUCACCAACCCUAACCCUAACCCUAACCCUAACCCUAACUCUAACCCUAACCCUAGAACCUAACCCUAACCCUAACCCUAACCCUAACUCUAACCCUAACCCUAGAACCUAACCUUAACCCUAACCCUAACCCUAGAACCUAACCCUAACCCUAACCCUAACUCUAACCCUAACUCUAACCCUAACCCUAGAACCUAACCCUAACCCUAGAACCUAACCCUAACCCUAACCCUAACCCUAGAACCUAACCCUAACCCUAACCCUAACCCUAACCCUAACCCUAACCCUAGAACCUAACCUUAACCCUAACCCUAACCCUAGAACCUAACCCUAACCCUAACCCUAGAACCUAACCCUAACCCUAACCCUAGAACCUAACCCUAACCCUAACCCUAGAACCUAACCCUAACCCUAACCCUAACCCUAACCCUAACCCUAGAACCUAACCCUAACCCUAACCCUAGAACCUAACCCUAACCCUAACCCUAACCCUAACCCUAACUCUAUAGGUAGAGCUGGACCCAGGGCUGAUAGAGGGGUUAUAGAGUCUAUCCUGAUACUGUCUAUAUAGAAUAUAUAUAAACUUCUGACUUCAGAAACAUAAGAGGAUAAACUAAAGAAUAACAAUAAAAGCAGGAAUAUUUACUACAAACAUAAGAGGAUAAACAACUAAAGAAUAGCAAUAAAAACUGAAAAAGUAAAAAGCAUCCCGAGGAAAAGCAAAGCUAAAAAGAUGUGUUUCAAGAUCUCUUUUAAAUAUGUCCCCAGUUUCAGCCCCCCUCAGGUUCUCUGGCAGACUAUUCCAGAGGCUGGGGGCAUAGUAACUAAAGGCUGCCUCUCCAUGCCUCUUGGUCCUGGGCUUUGGGAUAGUUAAAAGGCCAGUGCCAGAGGACCUGAGGGACCUACUGGGUACAUAUUUUAAAAGCAUGUCUGACAUGUAUUGGGGUGCACAAUCGUGGAUUGAUUUAAAAACCAAUAGAAGGAUCUUAAAAUUAAUUCUAAAACUCACAGGCAGCCAGUGCAGAGACCUUAAAACUGCUAUCCGUCUGGUCUUGGUCAGUAUCCAUAUCUUUUCGUGCUGCAGCAUUCUAUAUCUUUUGCAGUUGACCAAUGGCUUUCUUGGGUAGACCAGACAGGAGAGCAUUACAGUAGUCAAGCCUGCUUGUAAUAACGGCAUGGAUGAGUCUCUCUGUAUCAGCCUGAGAGAGAAACGGCCGCACCAUAGCAAUGUUCCUCAGGUGGUAAAAAGCUCUUUUGGUCACAUUCCUGAUGUGGGAUUCGAAAUUUAGUUCAGAAUCUAAAAUACGUUUUUUACCUGGUGUUUUAUCUUUAUUUAUUUAUUUUAUGUUUUUAAUUUUUUAUUUAAUUAUAUUUUUUAGGGUGUAGAUCAGCUUUAAUAUUGCAGAUAGAUUGUAACUUCCAUCAAUGUAAUUGUCUGCAUCCCUUCCAAUCCCCCAUAUGUUAUUUUUUCUUGCAAAUAUACACAUACACACACAUACAUACAUACAUACAGUGGGGAGAACAAGGCCAUUCUUGAAAAAUGGGUGAGACAAUCUUACUAAUUUGCUAGAGAACCAAUUACAUUUACAUUUUAGUCAUUUAUUAGACUUAAAGUUAGUGAGUGCAUACAAUUUCAUACUGGCCCUCCAUUUUUAUUACAUUUUAAUAAAAUAAUUUCAUACUGGAAUUGAACCCACAACCCUGGCGUUGCAAAUGCCAUGCUCUACCAACUGAGCUACAUCCCUGGCAGCCAUUCCCUCCCACACCCUGGACGACGCUGGGCCAAUUGUGCGCCGCCCCAAUUCGGAUUUAAGUCUAACUUUUGUAUGACUGAAGCUUUUAGUGAUAGGUCUAAUGCUUUAAUAUUUAAUAAUUUCUUCAUAUUCAUUAUAUAAAUAGGCCCAUUUAAUUUUGUCUGGCUUGCCGUUCCAAAUAAAAUUGAAUAUUUUUUUCUCAUAUAAUUUACAAAACUGUUCGCUAGGCGUAGGCAAGACCAUAAGCAAAUAGGUAAACUGGGAUAAUACUAAAGAGUUAAUCAGGGUGAUUUUUCCACAAAUUGACAGGUAUUUACCGUUCCAUGGUAGCAAGAUCUUAUCUAUUUUUGCUAACUUUCUAUUAAAACGUAUUGGAGUGAGAUCAUUUAUUUCAUUUGGGAUAUGUAUUCCGAGUAUAUCCACAUCACCAUCAGACCAUUUGAUUGGUAAACUACAUGGUAAUGUAAACAUUGUAUUUUUUAGUGAUCCAAUACGUAAUAUAGUACAUUUAUCAUAAUUUGGUUGUAAUCCAGAGAGGUUAGAAAUGUAUCUAGAUCCUCUAUGAGGCUGUGGAGGGAUUCAAGUUGUGGAUUUAAAAGAAUCAAAUCAAAUCAAAUUUUAUUGGCCACAUGCGCACGAAUACAACAGGUGCAGACAUUACAUUGAAAUGCUUACUUACAGCCCUUAACCAACAGUGCAUUUAUUUUUAAUAAAAAAGUAAAAUAAAACAACAACAAAAAAGUGUAAAAUAACGGUAGGGAGGCUAUAUAUACAGGGGGGUACCGGUGCAGAGUCAAUGUGCGGGGGGACCGGCUAGUUGAGGUAGUUGAGGUAAUAUGUACAUGUGGGUAGAGUUAAAGUGACUAUGCAUAAACAAUUAACAGAGUAGCAGCAGCGUAAAAAGGAUGGGGUGGGGGGGCAGUGCAAAUAGUCUGGGUAGCCAUGAUUAGCUGUUCAGGAGUCUUAUGGCUUGGGGGUAGAAGCUGUUAAGAAGCCUUUUGGACCUAAACUUGGCGCUCCAGUACCGCUUGGCGUGCGGUAGCAGAGAGAACAGUCUAUGACUAGGGUGGCUGGAGUCUUUGACAAUUUUGAGGGCCUUCCUCUGACACCGCCUGGUAUAGAGGUCCUGGAUGGCAGGAAGCUUGGCCCCAGUGAUGUACUGGGCCGUACGCACUACCCUCUGUAGUGCCUUGCGGUCGGAGGCCGAGCAGUUGCCAUACCAGGCGGUGAUGCAACCAGUCAGGAUGCUCUUGAUGGUGCAGCUGUAGAAUUUUUUGAGGAUCUGAGGACCCAUGCCAAAUCUUUUCAGUCUCCUGAGGGGGAAUAGGCUUUGUCGUGCCCUCUUCACAACUGUCUUGGUGUGUUUGGACCAUGAUAGUUCGUUGGUGAUGUGGACACAAAAGAACUUGAAGCUCUCAACCUGUUCCACUACAGCCCCGUCGAUGAGAAUGGGGGCGUGCUCAGUCCUCUUUUUUUUCCUGUAGUCCACAAUCAUCUCCUUUGUCUUGGUCACGUUGAGGGAGAGGUUGUUAUCCUGGCACCACACGGCCAGGUCUCUGACCUCCUCCCUAUAGGCUGUCUCAUCGUUGUCGGUGAUCAGGCCUACCACUGUUGUGUCGUCGGCAAACUUAAUGAUGGUGUUGGAGUCGUGCCUGGCCAUGCAGUCAUGGGUGAACAGGGAGUACAGGAGGGGCCUGAGCACGCACCCCUGAGGGGCCCCCGUGUUGAGGAUCAGUGUGGCAUAUGUGUUUGUUACCUACCCUUACCACCUGGGGGUGGCCCAUCAGGAAGUCCAGGAUCCAGUUAAAGCAACAUCAACAAUAGAGGAUAUGUCAAUAGAAAGCCCCUUGUUAAUAACCAGGUCCAGAGUAUGGCCUCGGUUAUGGGUGGGCCCAGUAACAUGUUGGAUAACGUCCAUAGAGCUCAACAGAUUAAUACAUUCAAUGGCCUUGGAGUCAGUCUCUUUGUCAACAUGAAUAUUAAAAUCACCCAACACAAUGAUUGUAUCAUAGUUCUCAAGGACAAUAGACAAUAGUUCAGAUAGAUCAGUAAAGAAAGUGGGGCAGUGCUUUGGUGGCCUAUACAGGGUUAUGACCAGCACUGGUGGCACUGGUGGCUGACAUUUAAACAGUAUAGCAUGAUGCUCAAAAGACCCAAAGUCACCAAAUGAAAUGUCGUUACAGCUGAGAGCAUUAGUAAAAAUAGAGGCUGUCCCCCACACACACAUAUAGAGACUUAUCAGAGCAGUAGAUCUGUGUCUGUUUGAGGUUGUAGCUAUAUGUGAACAACAUCACCCAUGGUUAAACACCUCUGUCCCUCUGUCACACACACACACACACACACACACAGACACACACACACACACACGCACACGCACACGCACACACACACACACACACACACACACACAGACACAGACACACACACACACACACACACACACACACACACACGCACAUGCACACGCACACACAGACACAGACACACACACACACACGCACACACAUGCACACACACACACACAUAGACACACACACACACACACAUGCAGACAUACAGUGUACAGUACCAGUCAAACGUUUGGACACACCUACUCAUUCAAGGGUUUUUCUUUAUUUUUACUAUUUUCUACAUUGUAGAAUAAUAGUGAAGACAUGUCAAAACUAUGAAAUAACACAUAUAGAAUCAUGUAGUAUACAAAAAAGUUUUAAACAAAUAUUUCAUAUUUAUAAUAUAUUCUUCAAAUAGCCACCCUUUGCCUUGAUGACAGCUUUUCACAGUCUUGGCAUUCUCUCAACCAGCUUCAUGAGGUAGUCACCUGGAAUGCAUUUCAAUUAACAGGUGUGCCUUGUUAAAAGGUAAUUUAUUUCCUUUUUAAUGUGUUUGAGACAAUCAGUUGUGUUGUGACAAGGUAAGGGUGGUAUGCAGAAGAUAGCCCUAUUUGGUAAAAGACCAAGUCCAUAUUAUGGCAAGAAAAGCUCAAAUAAGCAAAGAGAAACGACAGUCCAUCAUUACUUUAAGACAUGAAGGUCAGUCAAUCCGGAAAAUGUCAAGAACUUUGAAAGUGCUGCAUCAGAUGACCUGGCCUCCACAAUCAUCCAACCUCAACCCAAUUGAGAUGGUUUAGGAUCGCAGAGUGAAGGAAAAGCAGCCAACAAGUUCUCAGCAUAUGUGGGAACUCCUUCAAGACUGUUAGAAAAGCAUUCCAGGUGAAGCUGGUUGAGAGAAUGCCAAGAGUGUGCAAAGCUGUCAUCAAGGCAAAGGGUGGCUAUUUGAAGAAUAUAUUAUAAAUAUGAAAUAUUUGUUUAACACUUUUUUGUAUACUACAUGAUUCUAUAUGUGUUAUUUCAUAGUUUUGAUGUCUUCACUAUUACAGUUUUUCUCGAUUGCUAAGACACAUUUCUUGAAAGCUGCUCUCAUUUUCUCUUAACUGUGAACACAAAACCCAAUUUUCAAGCUACAUUCACAAAACCUCAGACUCUUCUUGCAAAACCAAACUUUCACCUCAAAACAGUUCAAUCUGUGCUCAAAACUGAACUAUGUUGUCAAAUCGUGCCCCGAGUCAAUCAAAAUAAAAAACACUACUGAACAGUCACUAAACACUACGUAGAAAAAUAGAAAACACAAUGCUCAGGACAUGAAGCUGGAGAAAUACAUGUUUAUUGUUCACUGUAGGCUAAAUGCAUUUUGCAAAACAAAAAAAAACUGUGCAUUUAGCACUUGUACAAAAAGACAAAACAGAAAUCUUGUGCAUUUUUUAAAUUUUUAAAUUUAAUUUUUAAAUUUUUAGGGGGUAAAAUCAGCUUUUUUAUUGCAGAUAAUUGUAACUUCCAUAAUGAAAUUGUCUGCAUCACUUCCCCAAUCCCCCCAAAUUUUUUUUUUUCCCCAAAAUAUACACACACACACUACAUAAAACCCUAAAAAUACAACAUACAUCCCUACAUACAGUGGGGGAGAAAAAAAGGCCAUUCUUAAAAAAGGGGUUUGGCCCAAUCUUAUUUAAUUUGCUAAAAAAACCAAUUAAUUUACAUUUUAGGUCUUUUUAAAAUUUUACAUUUUAGUGAUUUCCAAAAAAAAUCCUACGGGCCCCCCCCUUUUUUAUUACUUUUUUAAAUUAAUUUUUUUCAUACGGGAAUUAAAACCCCCCAAACCUGGGGGGUUGGAAAACGCAUGCUCUACCAACUGAGCUACAUCCCUGGGGGCCUUUUCCCUCCCCCCCCCUGGACGACGCGGGGCCCAAAAUUGGGUGCGCCCCCCCCAAUUCGGUUUUAAAUUUAAAAAUUUUGUAUACUGAAGUUUUUGUGAUAGGCCAAAUGCUUUAAUUUUUAAUAAUUUUUUCCCAUUUCUUAUUUUUAAUGGGCCCCCCGUUUAAUUUUGCCCUUGGUUUGGGCCUUUCCCCAAAAAAAAAGGGAAAUUUUUUUUUCCCAUAAAAUUUUUAAAAAAACGUUCGCUAGGGUAGGCAAACCAUAAGCAAAUAGGUAAACGGGUAAUAAAAAAGAGUUAAUCAGGGUUUUUUUUCCCCCACAAAUUGACAGGUUUUUAAACCGUUUUCCAGGGGAGCAAGAUUUUAUCUUUUUUUGCAAACCCUUUUCUUUUAAAAAUUUUAAUUGGGUGAGAUAAAUUUAAAUUUCAGGGGGGAAAUUUUUUAUUCCGAGUAAUCCCCAUAAACCAUAAACCUUUUGGGAUUGGUAAACACAGGUAAUUUUAAAACUUUGGGUUUUUUUUUAGUGAUCCAAUACGAAAUAUGUACAUUUAUCAUAAUUUUUGUAAUCCAGAGAGGUUAAAAAAUGUAUCUAGAUCCUCAAUGGGGGCCUGUGGAGGGAUUAAAGGGUUGUGGUUUUAAAAAAUAAUAAAUAAAAUUUAAAAUUUUAUUUGGCCACAUGCGCCAAAUUUCCAACGGUGCGACCUUUCAGGAAAUGCUUCUACACCCCCUUAAACCAAACAGUGCUUUUUUUUUUUAAAAAAAAAGUAAAAAAAAACCCACAACAAAAAAAGUGUAAAAAAAACAAAAGGGAGGUCAUUUAUACAGGGGGGUACCUUUGCAGAUCAAUGUGGGGGGGGCCCCGGCUAUUUGGGGUUUUUUUAAGAAAAUUUGUACAUGUGGGUAAUUUUAAAGGCCCUAUGAAAUAAAAAAUUAACAGAGUACCAUCACGUAAAAAAUGGGGUGGGGGGCAGUGAAAAUACCCUGGGAAACCAUGAUUCUUUCCCGGGGGCCCUUAGGGCUUGGGGGUGAAGCUGUUAAACCUUUUUUUGGACCUAACUUUCCCUCCAGUCCCCGCUUGCCGUGCGGUAGCAAGAAAAACAGUCAAAUGACAGGGUGGCUGGAGUUUUUUGAAAAUUUUGAGGGGGCCUUCCUCGAAAACCGCCGGGUUUAUGGGGUCCUGGAUGGCAGGAGUUUUUGGCCCCAUUGUUUGUACGGGGCCGUACACACUCCCCUUUUGUUUGCCUUGCGGUCGGGGGGCCGAGCAUUUAAAUCCACGGUGAGAAACCAUCGGAAAAUGCUCUCGAUGGUGCACUGUAGAAUUUUUUGGGAUCUGAGGACCCUGCCCAAAUUUUUUUAUCCCUGUGGGAAUAUUUUUGGGUUUUUCCCUCUUAAACGAUUUGUCUUUGUGUUUUUUGGGAACCUUUAAAUAGUUCUUUGGGUUGAGGGUGGACCCCAAAGGAACUUGAAGCCUAAACCCCCUUUUCCACUCACCCCCCGUCGAGGGAAAAGGGGGGCGUGCCAUCCUUUUUUUUUCCCCUUUAGCCCCAAAACCCCUCUCCUUUGUUUUGGGUUCAGGGUUGGGGGAGGGGGUUGUUAUCCCGGGCCCAACCAAAAACGGCCAGGUCUCUGACCCCUCCCAAAAGGCUGCCCUAAAUCGUUGUCGGUUUUCCGGGCCAAACCACUUUUUGUGUCGUCGGAAAACUUAAUGUGGUUUUUGGGGGCGUCCCUUUCCAUGCGGCCCGGGUUAAACGGGGGAUACAUAGGGACUAAAGGCAGGGGCCCCCCCCGGGGGGGGCCCCCUUUUUUGGAGGUCAGUGUGGCAGAUUUUUUUUUAAACCUACCCUUCCCAAACCCGGGGGGCGGCCCAUCAGGAAGCCCAGGAUCCAUUUAAAAAGAAACUCAAAAAAUAGAGGAUAUGCCCAAUAAAAAGCCCCUUUUUUAAAAACCCCGGGUUCCCGAGUAUGGCCCUUUAGGGGGGGGGCCCAGAAACGUUGGAAACGUCCAUAAGCUAAACAGUUUAAAAUCAUUAAAUGGCCUUGGAGUAGCCCUUUUUUGUAAACAUAAAUAUUAAAAUCACCCCAACACAAUGUUUGGUAUCAUUUUCUAAAGGACAAUAGACAAAGUUCAGUUUUAAAAAAAAUCAGUAAAAAAAUUGGGGCAUGUUUUGGUGGCCUAUACAGGGUUAUGACCAGCACAGGGCUGCCCUUUAAACAAAAAGCAUGAUGCUAAAAACCCCCCAAGUCCCCAAAUAAAUGGUUACAAGGGGAGGCAUUAUAAAAAUAGGGGCCUGUCCCCCCCCCCACAAAAUAUAAAAUUUUAAAUCAGAGCAGUAGAUCUGUGUCUUUUUGGGGGUUGGGUAGCUAUAUGGAAAAAAUCACCCAGGGUUUAAAAACCCACCUUUGCCCCCUGCCACCACACACCCCACCCCACACACACCCCCACACCCACACACACACCCCCCCCCCCCAACACACACACACACACACCCAAAACACCACACACACACACAACAACACACCCCACAAAACCACAACACCCAAAACCCCAACACACCCACACCCCCACAACACACACACACACAAACACAAUACACCCCCCCAACCCCACUUUCACACACCAAAACCAUAUACACCACCCACACACACCCCACUUUCAACAUACAUUUUACUUACCAUAAAAAAUUUUUUACACCCUACUCAUUCAAGGGUUUUUUUUUUAUUUUUACUUUUUUCUACAUUGUGAAAAAUUUUUUUGAAAAACCUCAAAACUUUUAAAAAAACCACAUAUAAAUCAGUAUAAACAAAAAAGUUUUUAAACAAAUUUUUAUUUUUGAAAUUCUUAAAAUAGCCCCCCCCCUUUGCCUUGAUGACGCUUUGCACAGUUUUUGCAUUCUCUCAACCAUUUUUUGGGGGUAGUCCCCUUUAAAUCCCUUUCCCAAUUAACAGGUGUGCCUUGUUAAAAUUUAAAAUUUUUUUCCCUUUUUUAAAAUUUUUUUUGAGAAAAUCAUUUUUGUUUUUGUGACAAGGAAAGGGGUGGAAAUUCAGAAAUACCCCCUUUUUUGGUAAAAAACCAGCCCCAUAUUAGGGGGCAAAAAAAGCUCAAAUAAGCAAAGAGCCCGACAUCAAUCUUAUUUUAAAGACAGGGAAGGUCAGUCAACCCGGGAAAAAUGUCAAGAACUUUGAAAGUUUUCUUCAAGUGAAAUUCGUAAAAAACCCCAACCUAUGAUGAAACUGGGUCUCCCUGAGGGCCCCAAAAGGAAAGGAAGACCCAGAUUACCUCUCUGCAAGGAUAAAUUCAUUAGAGUUCCCCCCCCUCAGAAUUUUCAGCCCCAAAAAAAUGCUUUUAAAAAAUUCAAAAACAACCCCCUCAAUAAACAACUGUUCAAGGAGACUUUCGUGAAACCGGCCUUUCCCUGGUUGAAUUGCUUUCAAAGAAAACCCCUACUAAAAGGGCCCAAUAAGAAAAGAGGGCUUUCUUUUUGGGCCCAAAAAACACGACAAUGGAAAAUUAGACUGGAAAUUCCCUUCCCCCUUUUGGGCAAUUUCUUGUUCCAACCCCCCGUGGGUUUUGUGAGACGCAACCCGGUGAACGAAUUAUCUCUGCAUGUAUAAGGGCCCCUGUGAACCUGGAGGGGGGGGGGUGGUUUUUUGUGUUGGGGGGGCCUUUUCUGGUGAUUUUUUUUUUAAUUCAAAAAACACAUAACCACCUGGCUACCAAGCAUUUGCCCGCGAUCCCCAUCCCCUCUUGGUUUGGGGGGUUAGUGGGAAAUAAACAUUUCUUUUAACGGACAAUGCCCAACCCCCCUCCGGGGGUGUAAAAGGGGUAUUUGACCCGAAGGAGAGUAUGGGUGCUGGCAUCAGGGUGACCUGGCCUCCACAAUCACCCAAACCCCAACCCCAAAUUUAGAUGGGUUUUGGAUCGCAGAUUUAAGGAAGAGCAGCCCAAAAAAAUUCCCAGCCCUAGGGGGGAACUCCUUCAAGACCCGUUUUGGGAAAAACAUUCCAGGGGGAAACUUUGGGUUUUAGAGAAAGCCAAAAGUGUGGGAAAGCUGUCAUCAAAAGGGAAAGGGUGGGUACCUUUUUAAGAAUCCAAAUAUAAAAUAUAAUUUUUUAUUUGUUUACCUUUCUUGGGUUUCUACUUUCCAUAUGUUUAUUAUUUUUUACCUUCCAUUUAAAAGAAUUUUUACCCCCUUUUAAAAAUAGUCCCCUUCAAAAAAACCCCGGAAAAGUAGGGGUGGCCUAACUUUUUUACUGGGAGUGUACUAAACACGGGCGCAUUUCCCAUAAAAAACACCCCUGCCGCUGCAGGGUCUUUUAUCUGUAAGGGAACGUGAAAUGUUUUUUGGGGGGAUAAAGAGGAGAGCGGAGAAGGAAGGAGGAAAAGAAGAUAGAAUAAAAUGACGCCGGUAAUCGAGGAGAGCAAGCAUCGCGGGCUCUCUCCUCCUCCCCUCUUCUUCUCUCCGCGCCUCUUGCUCUCUCUCCUCUCUCUCUUCCUUUUCUCUCCCUCCCCGAGCAAACCGGCCCAAAACAGAGGGGAAAAGACAGAAUAAACCGAGAAGCCUAAACACGAAAAAAAAAAAAGAUAGGAGUUUUUCCCCAAAGGGGUUUGGUUUUUCCCCCCACCAGCACCCCCAAAACUAUUUGGGGCUUGAAACCCUUUUUCCCUUCACCCCCUACAAAAUUUUCCCCUUCCCUUUUUUGCCCCCCAAAAAGACUUAUCAAACAUUUUAAAAAUUGGGCUGUGUCCGUUUUAGGUUUUACAAACCCCGACUCCCCCCUUUGUUGACUUUUCGCCGGGAGGGGGUAUUUUUGUCUGUAAGGGCACUUUCCCCAUUCUGUAUUAUUUACAUUCAGAUCUAACCCCUUCAAACAAAACCCUUAAAAAACCUGGUUUUAAUCAAAAUCAUAAUAACUGGGCGGCCGGGUUUGGGGUGUUAAAUGUAUCUUAAAUACAACCCUUAAAAACUGGGGAAAAAUGUUGGGGGGUAUAAUGUAUCCUAAACACACAUUCAACACUGAGACCUGUUGGUGAUUAAUGAUCUAACUACACAUUAAACACUGAGACCUUGUUUAAAUUCUAACUACACAUUAAACACUGAGACCUGUUGGGGUGUAUAAAUGUAUCUAACUACACAUUAAACACUGAGACCUGUUGGGGUGAAUAAAGUUCCAGUGGUGUUGGAGGUCUUCACUGCAGUAAGACUGGAUCAUCUCCUCUGUCCCCUCACUCAUCUCUCUCUCCUCCCUCUGUACCUAGUGACCCUGUUCAUCAGAACGUCAUGGUGGGUGGAAAAAGAUGCUCUCUUCAGCUGCGGUGA